GCGUUGCCACCACCCCCUUUGUUACCUCAUAGGAAACGACAGUCAAUGGAGUCGAAUGGACGAAGCUACGCGAUUAGAUUAAUAACAAAUAAUUUGUUACAGUUGCGGGACGAUAUUCGGACGUGGAAACAAGAAGAGGACGUAGAAGUUGUGUUUAUGUGUUUAUUACGGUGGUGAAGUGAGAACUGAGGUACCGGAGUGUGUCUGUUUUCGUGCGCUGAGUGUGGAAGGUGCUGGCGUUGUCCGCGUUGAGGCCUCACUCUCCUCCUCCGGACGCAGUAGGCCGCUCGCCCCUCAGCCGUCGCGCCAUAUCAUCGUUUGUUUCUGCAUCUUUUUAAACGCUCUUCCUACGUUUAUUCUCCCGCACUGAUGGCGGAGCAGAGCGCGGUAGUGAUGCAACAGAUUCUGGACAGGAGCUGCUGGGUGUGCUUCGCCACAGACGAGGAUGACCGCACCGCAGAGUGGGUGCGCCCGUGUCGCUGCCGUGGCUCCACCAAAUGGGUGCACCAGGCAUGCUUGCAGCGCUGGGUGGAUGAGAAGCAGCGCGGCAACAGCACGGCACGUGUGGCUUGCCCCCAAUGCAACGCCGAGUACCUCAUUGUCUUCCCUAAACUGGGCCCGGUGGUGUACGUCCUCGACCUGGCCGACCGGCUCAUCUCCAAAGCCUGCCCCUUCGCCGCAGCUGGCAUCAUGGUGGGAUCCAUCUACUGGACGGCGGUCACUUACGGAGCUGUCACGGUGAUGCAGGUGGUGGGCCACAAGGAAGGCCUGGAUGUGAUGGAGCGCGCAGACCCCCUGUUCCUGCUCAUUGGUCUGCCCACCAUCCCCGUCAUGCUCAUCCUGGGCAAAAUGAUUCGCUGGGAGGACUACGUGCUGCGACUGUGGCGCAAGUACUCCACCAAGCUGCAGAUCCUCAACAGCAUCUUUCCAGGGAUUGGCUGUCCUGUCCCUCGGAUCCCUGCAGAGGCCAGUCCCUUAGCGGACCACGUGUCGGCCACGCGGAUCCUGUGCGGCGCCCUUGUCUUCCCCACCAUAGCCACCAUCGUGGGCAAGCUCAUGUUCAGCAGUGUCAAUUCCAACCUGCAGAGGACCAUUCUGGGCGGCAUCGCGUUCGUGGCCAUUAAAGGGGCCUUCAAGGUGUACUUCAAACAGCAGCAGUAUCUGCGACAGGCCCAUCGUAAGAUCCUCAACUUCCCCGAGCAGGACGAGGCGUGAGCGCACCCAGGCGGUCUGCUUGCCUGCCUUCCAGAACGUUCAGCUGCUUGCUGCGUCCAUCCAUCCAUCCACUUCCUGCCUCUCUGGAAUUUCUCUCUGCUGCUGGCACUUUUACACACUGAUGGAAUUUGUAAGUGUAAUUCUCAACUAUCAUUUCCUGGAGGUUUAGAGUGGAAACACACAGAUGAGGCUGGGAGAAGCUUCUUCCCCAGCUGUGUGACUUUCGGAUGGGUUGGUGGGGCUGUCACAGACUGGGGGAAGCUUUUCCUUUUACAUGGUAUAACCAGCACCUAUAGUAUUUUUAAGGAGAUGAUUUGAAGGGUAAGUGUGAUUAAAGGGGACAGUUUUAGAAGGGGAGAUUUUAUGGCUUUGCUGUAAAUUCACUUUUGGAGCUGGAUUAAUGUGAUUUGUUUAAAACAGCAAGGGAAUAUUUGGCUCACCAUCUUAUGUUUAAGAUGUAUAAGUUUAUUUUUUUGGUAAUUUGAGUUGCUGUUUUUAAAACCAGAUUUUUUUUCCUUCGACGAAAAGUUACUUGCUAUAAAGAUGAGCAUUUAGGGGAACGGGUCCCGUGAAAGUGAGGCAUGACAGCCGGCAUCCUGCAGCCCAGGG